AUGUUUGUAUAUUUAUUAUUUACUGCUUGUUAUGCUGAUUUUAUUUUUAACAAAGGAUAUCAAUAAGUUUUAGGGUAGAUAAAUAUCGAAACUACAUCCUUAUUAGAAAAAUAGAUUCCAGAAAAUGAAAGACUUGUUAUAUCAAUAUCUAAUUAUCCUAAAUAGAGAAUCCCAUUAUUGUUGUUUUGUAGAGCAAACCAUAGUUUUCAUAAUUAACCUGAUCUUUAUACAAUUUAAAAGUAAUAUCGAAUAUUUAAACUAGAUAAAAUUGUAUUGCUGACUUGAAUUCAUAUGAUUUUAAGAGAGUCAACCAAUAAAUAAUAGUAGAAUACAAUCAUAAAAAUAAUAGCUUUAUGAAUAUUGUUUUUUAAGAGAAAGGUAAUAUUCCCUUUAUUAUGGUUUACUCAGAAUAAAAAAGUGACUUUGUCAUAACUUUUGCCUUUAAACAAAAGUAAUCCUGUUAUGUGUAUAUAUAUAAUGUUAAUAAUUCAUUUAGGGAAUGCUAGUAUGGAAGCAUUUGUUUUAAAGGCCAAUGUCUUUGUUAAAGAGGAUUCUUUGGAGAUGAUUGCAGCAUCAAUAUAAUAUAAUUGCAGGAAAACGAUAAUUUUGAAUAAGAUGUUAUAUAUUAUAUAAACGCCACGAAGUUAGAAGUAAUGUAUUAAUAAAAGAUAAUAGGAAGUAUCUAUGAAUUUUACAGAGAAGUCAAAUUUUAUAAUUGGAUGUUUAGCUUUUAAUCCUUAUGUUUAUCGAGGAGAGUUUAUUUUUAAUAGCUUUCUAGAACUUUCUUAUUAAAAACAGAUGGAUUGUUUAGAGGAAACUUAAAAAGUAAAUAAAGAAUUUUCAAUAAAUUUAUAACCUUUCUAUGUUUUCAUAGCUUAAUAAGAUAUCAUUUAUUUGGAAUCUCAAUCAAAUGAAUCAAAUAAAAACACAAUUCUUUAUAUAGUCACAUCAAUUGGAAUAUCAUUGUUAGUUGUAAUUGUUUAUUGUUGGUUUCAUUUUAAAAAAUCAAAUAGAAGAAUGAACAAUCUAAUUACAACGUAAAUUCCAACAUCUGAAUAAAUGGCAUCUAUUAAUACGAUAAACAAAUAUUUACCUAUAUAAAUAUAUGAUGAAGUCAUCAAAAAAUUUCCUGGACUUGCAGAUGACCAGAUUUGUUAAAUUUGCUUAGAAACAUAUAAAAAGGAAGAUUAAGUCAGAAUAACUUAUUGCACUCAUUUUUAUCAUGUAGAAUGUAUAGAUUUAUGGAUUAAUAAAAAUGAUGUAAAAUUAUUAUAUCAUUUAAGAAAUGCCCAACUUGUCGAUCAUCUUUGAAUAUCUAAACAUUAAAUAAAUUUAUCUAUAAUAAUUUAGAAGAUGGAAAUCAUACAAUAAGCACUUGUUCAAAAUAAAUAAUCUUUGAAUAAUCACAUAAAAAUAUUAGAUUGCAUGGAUACAAUAGAACAUCUAGUUCUCCAAAUAUUCCUCAGAAAAUAUCAUGA